GAGCAGCUGAGUGGCACAAGAAAGAAGACGUCGGUAGCAGCUAGAGGUGGUGAUAUUUGUCAAGGGGGCUUCAGCGCUGGAGGACGUAGACAAGGAGACAGGGAAAUAGCUGCUACAUGGCACAGUCGGCUGCAAACAGCGUGGACCAGGAUCUGGCCAGCAAGAGACUCCACUCGAGGAUGGAGGCCUCGUGCUUGGAAUUGGCCUUAGAAGGAGAGAGGCUCUGCAAGGCAGGAGACUUCAAAGGAGGGACAGCAUUCUUCGAGGCAGCCGUUCAGGUAGGCACUGAAGACCUGAAGACCCUCAGUGCCAUCUACAGCCAGCUUGGCAAUGCCUACUUCUACCUGAAGGAGUAUGGUAAAGCUCUGGAAUACCACAAACAUGACCUCACUUUGGCCAGGACAAUAGGAGACAGAAUAGGAGAGGGAAAAGCCAGUGGCAACCUAGGCAACACAUUAAAGGUGUUGGGGCGCUUUGAUGAAGCGGUUGUCUGCUGCCAGAGACAUCUGGACAUCUCUCAAGAGCAGGGCGACAAGGUGGGGGAGGCUCGAGCGCUGUAUAACAUAGGAAAUGUGUUCCAUGCUAAAGGGAAGCAGCAGCUGUGGGGCUGCACCCAGGAACCCGGAGACCUGCCGCCGGAUGUCAGGGACACACUUCAAAGAGCUACUGGCUUUUAUGAAAUGAACCUGUGUUUGGUCAAAGAACUCGGUGACCGAGCUGCUCAGGGGAGGGCCUUCGGUAACUUAGGGAACACCCACUACCUGCUCGGAAACUUCGUUGAAGCGAUCAAGUUUCACCGCCAACGACUCUCUAUUGCCAAAGAAUUUGGCGACAAAGCAGCAGAGAGGCGAGCCUACAGUAAUCUUGGAAAUGCUCUGAUAUUCCUAGGCCAGUUCAACACAGCGACAGAGUACUACAGGAAAACCCUGCAACUGUCUCGGCAGCUGAGGGACCAGGUGAUGGAGGCACAGGCGUGUUACAGCCUAGGCAACACCUUCACCUUGUUGCAGCAGUAUGAGAGGGCCAUAGACUACCACCUUAAGCAUCUGAUCAUAGCCCAGGAGCUUACUGACAGGGUUGGAGAAGGCCGUGCUUGCUGGAGCUUAGGAAAUGCUUAUGUGUCUUUAGGGAACCACAGACAAGCUCUCCACUAUGCCCGGAAGCACCUGGACAUCUCAAAAGAGAUUGGCGACAGAAAUGGGGAGCUGACAGCCAGGAUGAAUGUAGAGCAGCUAAUGGAGGCGCUUGGCGUCAAUGAGAGUGACCUUUCACCCUGCGGCUCAGAGUUUGAGAUGCAAGGAGCAAGACCCAAAUUCACCAAGAGGAACAGCAUGGACAGUGUAGAGUUGUGGAAAUACUCCUCAGAUAAGAAUGGGGACAGCCAGGAUUUGGACAGUAUAUCCAGGAGAUCAAAGAAUCAGCUGCUGCAGCCGGGCAAAAGGAAGGGCUAUCCUGACAGUCAGUCAUCAGAUGAGAGACAGUGGUUAGACUCUCCAGUAGAUGCUGAUGACAUCACUUUGCAAGUCCCACCCCCUGUGUCAAAGCUAGGUCGUGACGCCUCUGAUGAAGACUGCUUCUUUGACCUCCUCAGCAAGUUUCAGAGCAGUCGCAUGGACGAUCAGCGCUGCAAUCUUGAUGAACCACAGAAUGGAGACAAUGGAGAAGGUGCUACUGACUCCAUGCAAUCUCUAAACGAGAUGAUAGAUCCUGCACUCACCACUUCCCCCCAGACAGAGGAGCUUUUUGAUUUGAUUGCUAGCUCUCAGAGUCGCCGUCUUGAUGACCAACGGGUUAACGUUGGGAACCUUCCAGGCUUGAGAAUAACCCAGAACAACUUGGGCCACCUGGUGGGUGAAGGGGAUACUCAAGAGCCCAGUGAUGAUUUCUUCAACAUGCUCAUCAAGUGCCAGUCUUCCAGGAUAGAUGAUCAGCGCUGCUCCCCACCGGAAGCAGGCCCUCAUGCCCCCACAGUGCCUGAUGAGGAUUUCUUCAGUCUAAUCCAGAGAGUGCAAGCCAAGCGCAUGGAUGAACAACGAGUACAGCUGCCCACAGACGACCAGGACAGCCCUUACUUUCCAGAUCAAGAGCCACCUGGUCAAGACUCCAGCUAAGACUUGCACAUUGUUACUUGACUCUAUCUAAAGGACCAUACGAUAGAGAGAGAAGGAAUAAGAAGCGAUGAGUUACAAUUGGAGAGGAAUAUCAAUGAGGAAAUUUACUAGGCUCUUGAUGACAUGACAAAUCCCAUGUGCAAUAGGUUGUACCUGUCAAAUGUUGCUCAAUGCAUUAUGUGUUAAAUGCAUGUAAAUACAACAAGAGAUCAAGCAGAAUUUAGGCGAGAACACUUGGUUAAGAAGGUCUAAGGUGAAGUUUUGUGCAUUUGCAUCACUAACAGGCUUAAAAAGAUAGACAUUUAACCUGUCUAAUGCCUUAAUCAGCAUUUCUCAGACUCAGAUUGUAUUCUCAAAUUUAAGGUGUUGUAGUUCAGAAGCACAUGAUGAGUGUACAAUAUGAAGCAUUCAUGUGGAAAACUGGUAUUACUUGUCAAAGCAGUAUUUGGGGUUAAUCAGUGGUACAACGGAGACCUUUGUUAGAAAACUGCUAUAGUCAAUAGCAACAAUACAAAUAACAAAUCUUGAUUGGAUUAACUACUCUAACCUAAUUCGGUAUAACCAGAAAAUAAGUCACCAUAUAUGUUUAUUGAGUCCCUUAGGUCAACAAAGAAUCACAUCAAAUCACAUUAUGUCAUAUUGUCAUUUGUGUUAAUAGGUUCACCAGACUAAUUAAUCUCUAAAAUACAUUAAUAUGCCUACACAGUGUGCAGUACCUUAUAUGUAUUGUACAAAAUCUCUUAAAUAGGUAUUUAUUUGAUUAUAGUUAUAACGAAACAGUAGAAUUAAUAGGAUUAGAGAAUAAAACAAUAUGAAUGGAUAAUGUUUCCGUUUAAGGUUGCAAUAUUUAAACUCGGCUGUGUAAGUAUUUAUGUUUGUGGCCCAAAAUGUUCUGAAGAGCCAAUGGAAAAACAGUGUUUAAUGUCAUUUCCCAUUCAUCUUAGUAACGUUUGAUAGAGAUGGAUGGAUGACAGCCUUAUUUUAAGACCACAUAAAGGCAAAACAAGUGUCAGUUCGUGAAGCAUUUGACGCAGAAAAUAACGCAAAGCUAAAUAACUGCUAGUUCGUAGCUAUUAAUCUAAGCCUUGUUGUGUUGAUUCACUGCCUCCCUGUGGUCGCAAAUGUGUACUACAUCUCUUAAUUGACCGUCAAUCUACCUGCUGGGGGUAAGAAGACGUUCUCUGUUCUCAAGUAUAACGAAGGAUAGGGUUGUAAUAAUAUUGCGCUUCAAGUAGGAUGAUUUUGAGCACUUUCUUCCUAUUUCAGUGACACGCUUUUCUCAGCUGUGUGAUAUAGGCAAAUCCCUUUGGUAACGGUUAGAGUGGUUCAUGAAAACAAUUAGUGCCUAGUGUAUAUUCUUGUUCGUUUGUUGUUAACUGGAUCUACAGCUGUACUGCUAAGUUCAUCUAAAAUAAGCGUAGAAUAAGAAAAUAAACACCUCCAUUUUCAAACAGGAAUAUAGUCAUUAUACUGUACAGUGCUUCCAUUUAAAAGAAUUAAAAUGCUGUGUCCGCUUUGCAACUUAAAUUUAAAUAAAAAGAAGUAACAUGCACAUUUUUUUUUGUACCUAAAAAUUAAGGAACUUAAACAUUUAGUGUCCUCUGAACCUGGGUGGGCUUCUUCACGGUGGUGGGUCAUGGGUACAGAAGCAAGUACAUGUUCAUGAUCCAUCCCUGUAUUUGUGAUAAACAACUUGCAAGUUCCUUCAGUGAAUAUAUCUGUCCCAAUUUCAUUUCCUGUUCCUCAUGGAUAAUUGUGCUUUGGAACUACUCUGUAUGCUUCUAGCUGUCACUGCCACAAUAUGUACAUAUAUAUUUUUUUGUAUUUAUGUUCCAUUUGAGGACAUAAAGAUGUCCCCCAUGCUUUUAAUAAAAUGUUUCUGAU